CGUCGUCGUCUCAGCGCGAACGGGGAAAAUCGGGUUUAGCGGAGGUUUCGGUUGUGCCAGGGCAGUGAAGUGAUUGCUGUGUUGUGUUGCCUUUUGGUGGCAUCGCGGCGGUGGGCAGAAGUGGAAAAUCGAUACGCGUAUUUGUAAAUAUAACGUCGAAGAUGACGACAUUAGUGCUCCCCGGAAAAUAGCCCCCGUUCCCGUAUCUUUUGGUAUGCAAAGGCAUCUGCUAAGAGAUUGAACGAAUGCGACCAUCUUUGUGGGCGUACUUGUGAUUGCUUCCGAUUACGACAAAAGCAUUACUAAGUGAAUGGCGUGGCGGAUGUGCGUGGCUGAAAGUGAUAAAAAAUUAUUGCCCCACGAUUGCGUUGUGUGUUGAAAGGCGUUCGACGCAGUACCGUGGUGUCGCAAAACGGCCACGGUGGUGAUGUGAGCAUUCUUCCUCAAUAAACGCGUGCGAAAAGAAAACGCAUUCACAUCCGGAGGUGAUCACGUACACAGCUCCUCGAAAUUCUGUCGGAUCGCAUUGUGAUUUGUAUCUAAAGCCAUCAACAACUGGGGCUUUUCGCUACUUUCUUGUUGGCAACAAAGUGCUGUUGUGCUGAAAGUAGUACGGAAGGGAAUACCCACACCGCUACGCGGCACAGCGAACACACCACGACCGUGGCCACGACAAAAGAUACACAGAGCCUCGCGUUUUAUCCACGGCGUUUCGAGCUGAUAAGGACACCAACUCACGGAUCGAGGAGGGAAAAACACGAGAUGAGCUGAUAAAACGGGGCGCACUGUUUGUCCGUGAUAAUCCACUCGCGUGGCGUAGCAGCCGUGAAUCGCCGAUUGGAACGUCGCUGUGUCCAGCUUGUUGGUGGAGAGAAUCAAAGUGAGAGACAAACAACGUAGCAUAAAAGUUGAGAGAAGGCGAGGGUAACUUUGUAACCUAGCAACAACCCCGCGACAUAGUCACCGUAAGACGGAAUCGACGAAAACGACAACAUAAAUCUGGCGACGCUGCCUGCGAUCCCCUCCUCAUGGCGAUGUCUCCCACGUCGAACAGCAGCGCUUCGGCGACGUCCGUUUCGCUGCUGAACCGACAGUCAAGCAAAAACGCGGACACCGUGUCCGUCUGUUCGACCACCAGUGCCUUCUCGACGUGCCCCGAUCGGCACGGAUUCUACGGUGGCAAUCAGUUUUCGGAGAAGCCCAAAAAAGAAACGCUAACGCGCGAGCAAACGAUCGCGCGCGAAAAGAAGUGGAUCCACAUGACCACGCACUGGUCGGAGUAUAUGAACAACAACUACAAGAAGGUGCGCGAACGUUGCCGAAAAGGUAUUCCGGAAGCUUUGCGCCAGAAAGCGUGGUUUCUGCUGACCGGAGCCAACCAUCUGAUGGUGAAGUUCCCGAAUCACUACCGGCAGCUUGUCGCCCAACCCGGCAACCCACACAUUAUCGAUGAAAUACGCAAGGAUCAGCACCGGCAGUUUCCACACCACGAAAUGUUCAUCGAUGACGAUAAACCGGGCCAGAAGGAGCUCUUCAACGUGCUGAAAGCGUACUCGGUGUACAAUCCGAACGUUGGCUACUGUCAGGCGCAAGCACCGAUCGCGGCCUUUCUGCUGAUGCAACUCCCGGCUGAGCAAGCGUUCUGGUGCUUUGUCGCCAUCUGCGAUAAGUAUCUUGAAAACUACUUCACACCCGGACUCGAAAUGCUACAGCGAGACGCGGGCAUGUUGAAUCGAUUGUUGAAGAAAACGUCACCUGCCGCGUACCGACACCUACAGAAGCACAACGUAGAUCCACUCCUCUACAUGACCGAUUGGUUCCUUUGUGCGAUGACUCGCACCCUUCCCUGGGACACGCUAUUGCGCGUGUGGGAUUGCUUCCUGUGCGAGGGCGUCCGAAUCUUCUUCAAGGUAGCGCUCGUAAUAAUUGGUGCGACACUAGGACCGCAGAAGGUUCGCUCGCAGUGCAACGGGCUAUGCGAAACGCUUGCCGUGCUGCGAUCGCCACCAAAAAAGUUCCUCGAGGAGGACUUUAUUAUGCACCACAUUUUCCGGUUGAACAUUACAAUCGACGACUUCAAUCGUGAACACAAGAAGCAAGAAAUGCUACACCGAAAGGCGAAACUUGAACAGCAGAAAACACAACAACAGCAGCACGGGAACGGAGCGUCCAAUGGUACCAACAGUCUGGCCAGGAAUGCGGCGUAGAGGCAGAGCUGCGGCCAAACAGAUGCAGCUAAAGGUGGGCCGCAAAGUUCGCGCUAGUCCGAGAUGUGGCGAACGCGUAAUCGAGAAAAAGCCAGACCUACAAAUCACUCUCCAAAUUGGCCUCAAACUAACGGGGGAACAAGCGCUCUCGCCAGGUUUUGUAGUGCACACCAAGCACAACAAAACAAAUUAAGGUGUAUGUUAAGAGAGGAACGUAUAAUGAAACUCACUUUAUCUGCAGCUAUACAGAAUACCGCCGGCACCUCACAAAAUGGCAAUGGCAGCAAAUGUUAUCGAAAAUAUUUGUUACGUGUAAUCGACGAAAUGGGCCGUCGGUCAACGACGGCACUCGCACAAACGUUGACCUGCAAACGUUUGUUUGUUACGAAUGAUAGUACAAUUUUAAAUUUAAAUAUAACUGAAAAGAUUCACUUUUCCAGAAUCGCACGUCGAUCUACACACAAUCAGUCUGCCAGCAUUCUCAAGUAACGGGAAUAACGAGUUCUUUGUCAAACCUUUCAAAAUUCGAAUUGGUAUCAUUAAAUUUACAGUCGCUUUAGGAUUAUAUAAGUCUCUCGACCAGGAAGCAAUACACUGCAUUCCAUAAGUGGCAGCAUAAGGGCAGAGAAAAAAGGAUAAAAGCGAACAGAAACUGCAAAUCCGUUUUCUAUUACACCAUAUUUAGCAUAAUUGCAUAGACGUAUAAGAGAAAUAAUGGGCCAUGAACAUCCCGUAUCGGUUGCGAGUGAGAUUUGCUGGAGAUAAACAGAACAGAUAAACACAAUUAUCUAUUAUACACCGUACGUUACAUUUACAUAGUCUCGAUUUUGAUAUGACAAAAUUUCGUAAAAAAUAACUAAAGAUUAGAGAAGAUACAUGAUGUAGUGUGUUGUUGGUUAGCGACGAUGUGUAAGGUAAAUUAUUUCCCGCACAAUGCACGCUCCAUGUUAUUUAUGUUUUCGUGCAUUGUCUGUGGACGUAGAACGCAAUAUUAAUUUUUGUGUAAACGCAAGUGUCACGGAAAACGAGAAACGGUUCCGUUUUAGCUAAAUGUGGAGGACCGAGAAUAAAAAUUCAAUCGGUGCCUUUCUUACUCUUCCUUUCUUCCAAUUCAACAAUUCAAUUCCUAGCCCUCGGCUUGGGACAAUUCAAUGUGUCCAGCAAACAUAUCAGCGUAGCGAUCGUUGCUAUCGUCUACAAACUGUUUAGUUUACCCAUUUACCUGCUAGUUUGCGUAAAUUAAUCUAUACGUGUGUCUAUUGCAUCGUUUAGUAGCGUAUAUAUUUAUGAUUCGAAUUCGAAAUUUGAAUUGCAAUCGGAAACCAUUAUUAACCACACCCAAACUUCUAACGAUUUAUGUGCAAUCGAUCAGCGUCCCGAGGUGGUAACUGACAAAAUUAAACGCGUUAGGUAGGUAAAGCUACACAAUAGUGCAAGCAUGUUUGUUUACUAUUAUUUAUUACCCUUACGGAAGCCGUCGUGAGUGACACACUCACGGCACCAACCAACGCACAUCUGCGCGGGCGGUCAGAAAUUUCGGCAGUCGUUCGUUUUUUGUAACCAGUUUGUUCGAAGGAGUUAAAUAAACUGACAGAAGAUCGUGAAGGUCAAUUUGUGUAGCCCUCGUUUGAAUCGGAACAUCAAAUGGAAAUUCGAAAACGGUUGUGAGUGCGGUGUCCUUUACAACAAUUCAGUGAAAGCAGUGGAAUAGAGGACCACAGCAGGCAACCUUGCUCGCGUAUACAUUCCAAAUAUUCGUGUUUAAAACUCGCAUUCGAGACGUUUCAUGAUCGCUAAAUCUAGGUCAUAACGACCUUUUGCAAU